AUGACGAAGGAUAAAAUAUCUGCUCCAAUUCCCAUUAAGCCAUCCAUUGAUCCUUUGGAGAGAUGUAGUUCUGUCUACGAGGGACACACAGUGAAUCAUGAAGGAGCACAGAACGGAAGCACCGAGAACGGUGGCUCAACUAACACUGAAGGAGAUGAAAAUAAUAAAUCCUCUUCUGAGUUUGGCAAACAGUUCAAGUCUUUCACCCCCAAUGCUACCAGACAAAGAAAUAGGUCUUUCCACUUUCCAAGACGUCCCUCAUACUGUACGCUUGAGUCUGCGAGAGAGUCCUUCUAUAACUUAGACUACCCCGCGGACGUCAAACUACUAUCUAAAGAGCAAUUGGACCCAAAGUCGAGAUUUUAUGCCAGACGAAGAGAAAGGACUCUUAAUUUACCUCAAUUGCUACCUUAUCAGAUCGAAUCACCCACAGAUCAAGCCAAGUUCUUGAGCCACAUCGUUUCACAUCUUUACAUUGCCAUUAAAACCUUGGACUUGCAAGGUUCCCUUUCUGUAACAGCCAAAGAUUUAGCAUCUGUAAAAGCUAAUUUGUCUGACGUUGAUCUUGCAUUGGAGACAAAUCUAUUCGAAAUCGGGGAGUCUGCCCCACAGCAGCAUUUUGAUGAUGAUACAUCUAGUUAUUUUUCCAUGGAUGAGCUUCAUGCAUACGACGAUUACGGUGUAGAUGAUGAUGAUGAUGAUGACGAUGACGACGACGAUGAUGAUGAUGAUGAUGACGACGACGAAGAAGUAGAUGACGACGAUGAUGAAGUAUCUAAACAUGAACUGGUAGUUCAACAUAAAAGAUCACCUAAAUCGGCAGCAAUUGUCGGAGUAAGAAUUUGGACCCAAGAACUUUUAGUUUGGUUGAAGAUGAAAUAUGAUAUGCCAAUCAAGUUAAGGGUGCUGCUUGCCAGAGUGUACUAUGCUAUUUGCCUCUCAAGAGGUCAACAUAUCAAUUUGAAGACAUAUGUCAGGACAUUUGAAAUAUUGACCAAGGACAACAUAUUCAUGAGACAGCAGGGUUUAAAACUUUCUUGGGAACCUUUAUGUAUGGAAUUAAUGAGCCACUUUCCUGGAAACCGUACGAAGUUCAGCCAAUGGCAAGAGACGAAAGAUCAGAAGCAAUUGCUUAAACUUGCUGAAAAGGCGUCUUUCUUUAUAGAUAAGUCUGCUUUACCUGAAAUAUAUAGUAGAAUAGGGAGUCAGUUUGAUAUUCAGCAUUCAUCCCAAGUCCUUCUGGCAUUCUCGCUUUUGCCCAUGUCAUUUACUCCCCAGGGAAUGGAAAAUCCUGAGGAUAUUAGACAUUACGUUGCAUCAUUGUUCUACAUGUGGCAAAAGUUGAGUAAAAAAUCUGGCAUUGAUGUUCAUUUAACUUCGAGGUUAGGGACCAUAGCUAUGUCUUCAUUGUUGGAAAAAGCUAAUAGUGAAGAGAAAGUUUCGAUAACUUUGGGCAGAUUUGGUGUAUUCAAUGCCGAUCAGAUGAGCUUUAUAUUCAACUUAUUGAUAAAUAGUCUCUCCAUCAUGAAAGCCAAAUAUUCUUCAUUGAAAACUAGCUUCUUCCAUGGAUACUCUUCCUCAAUCAUUUUUUCCAUUAUGGGAGAACAUGCAUUCGAUUCGGAAGUAGGUAUCGUCGACAAAUUACAGAUUCUUACCAAUGCAAUUGAGCUGUAUAUACAUCCUUCUAAUAGCGGAGAAUGGUCACGUCCAAUCUCCAAACUCCUCGUAAGCUUGGUUUAUCAAUUCCACAAAAGAUAUAAUAUGGAAACUCAGCCUUACGGACUAUUAAACAGCUUACCAGAAUCUAUGAAAUUGAGUAGUAACCCAGCUGUUGUUGAUAAAGUCGUUAGUAUUUUCCUUCCAACUGUCAAAAUUGGACUUCAAGCCAAAAUCCCAGGGGUCAGUAAUGAUUUUUUAAGAGCAAUGCAAAUGUUAGCGUUUAUUAGACCUGAAAUGGUAUUGGAAACUAUGUUAUUAGAUAUAUAUGAAUCCUUAGAAGGGGUUAAUUCAACUCAUAGAUUAACUGUUGCUUUGCGGACUUUGGAUGAGUUAUCAAGAUAUUUUGCAUCAACUCCGGUUUACAGAGUUCAUGUUGCUAGAAUUUUGCUGUUGGUAUUACCAGGCGUUGAUUCAAAUGACUUAGAAAAGAGUUACAUGACUUUAAACGUAUUCGCUUCGAUGGCCAGUUUUAUUCCGUUCGUGGAUUUAACGGAGGGUAAUGAAGAUUCUACACUUGCCAUUCAAUUUACGCUGGAACACCUCGAAUUUUUACAAGCUAAGCUUGUUUCUGUAAACAAAGAAGAACUUCUCAAUUUCAAUAUUGACCCGGAAUUGGAAUUAUUGGCAUUGAAAUCAUCAACGUCUGCUUUUAAAAUGAUUUUCCAAAGACUCUUUGCUAGAAUUUUUGCAUUUUUAGAAAAUUUGCCAGACCCAACAAAGUCAGGCAUGGAGAAAUAUGUUGCUAAUUUUCUACCCUCAUUCAUUUAUGUGAUCAUUGAAUCCGUAUCUGAUGAUAUAUUCCAUAUGAUCAGUGAUGAAAUGUUUAAAUUUGUUAGCGAAAAUACAUUUCACACUAUUGCUGAUGUCGUUGCUGAAAUAUGUGGAGGUAUCGUUAAGCGUGAUCCAGAACGUUACUUUAAGAAGUUUGCUACUCAUCUAAUGGAUAAGGUGAGGGAAGAUAUUGAAGAAAAUGGAGCUGGUGCUUCAAGAACUGGAGUGGACAUAGUAUCAAGAGAUCAACCAUUGUGGUGGAAUCUUGUCAUUUUGAAUGAAUGCAUAGGGAAUGCAAGUUCCCAUGUUGUUGAAUUACAGAAGGAUUUAAAAGAAUUCUCAUUUUUUUUGAUGGAUCAUGUUAAGGGCCCAGGAGUAUAUUCGAGCACGUAUAUGUUAAAUCUGAUGCUUCAAGCGACAACUAAAAUUAGGCUAAAUGAAAACAGGUUAAUCAGUCCACUUUAUGAAAAGAAGCAUGGAAUUAGUGAGAAAUGUUGGGGAGGUUUCCAAUUCAGCGAGGAAAGAUUCAAAAAAGAGAAUUUGGAUUUCUCUUGGUUUGUCCCAAGUACUUCAGACAUUAAAUUUGCAGUAGAUAUGUUGAAUGAUCAUGUUGCUAAAUGUUUGACAAACAUUCUGUCUAUUAUGAAGAAAUUUUCGGAUCCAAACAAUAAUGUAUCAUCCGACCACCAGAAGUUAAUUUAUUUCAGCGAUGAAAUUAGAAUGAAUCUCUUGUAUUUGGGAUAUGGAAUCGGUGGUAUUUCAUUUUUAUUUGAUCCCUCUUUUGACGAAGACAUUCCGAAAUUAAAUCAGCAUCAGAAUCAAACUAUUCAACAGAGAUUUCAAUUAUUAAAUCAAAUAAGGCAAAUGAAAGGCGGGAAGUCUUUGGGAAGGGACGAACUGAGAAUUGAAAAUAUUCAUAUGAAUCUUCAACGCAUUGCCGAUGAUUUAAGAAAUGAUGAAUUUGAUUACAAUUUAGACAAAGACAACGAAGAAACUAGAAAUGAUAAGAGAGCUGGAGAAGGUGGAGAAGGCGAAGGAGACAGAAAAAGACAAAACGGAGAUGGAGAUAUCAGUAUGGAGGACUUAAAAGGUAGUAAAGAAGAUGUCGCAGCAGCGUUGGCUUCCCAUUUUAACAUUGGAGAUCACUUAAGCCAUGUCGCUUCUUCAGACUCAAUUAGUUCUAUGGACGCUUCUGCAAGACAAAGUCCUGGUAUCGAUGGUGUCGAGAUCUCCACAAUGAACCCAGGAAUUACAUUUAGGGAUCAAAAACUUUACACCUCAAAUUAUCUCUUUGGAGAAGACAUAGCUUCCAGACGUUCAAAUGAACUUUAUAUUAAGGUUCAUAAGAUUCGUCACUUAGUAGGUAAAAGUUUGCACAUGAUUAGUAAAUUUUUGGUCACACACUUCCAUGACAACACUCAACUCUUCGUCAACUUUCUUUAUGUUUUGGGUGUUUGGUUUUCGGAUGUUGGAAGGGAAAGAGUAUUCGACAAUAGUCAUGCAAAGGUAAGCUUUUCUUAUCUUAAUGCGUUACAGCAAAUCAAUAGAGUAAGAAAACCUUUUACUAGAGGUGCCAUUGCUUCCAGAGUUGAAGCAUAUCAUCAAUUUAGAGUUGUACUUCAUGCUACAUCGAAAACUCAAACUGACUUAGAUAAAUUAUUGUUGGAGGAUAUCGUAAAGUUAUGUUUCUCAACGUAUUCUAAUGUUUCAAAAGCAGCUCAAACGGCAUUAUCCGAGACAAUGAAAAGAUUAAACGGAUCCUACAAUGUUUUGAUAAGAUCUUCUUUGAAAUAUCUUUCCAAAGCUAUUGAAGAGAACGAUUUGUUAAAAAUUGAAAGUGGUUUACACACUUUCAAUCUAAAGAGAGUUAAGAACAAGAUUCAAAAUGAUUUUUUCAAUAUUCAGAAGUAUGUAGAAUUACUUCAGAAAUGUCUAGUGAUUGAUGAAAAUCAAGUAAAUGAAUUGGCUCAAGAAUUAAUAGAAGGUGUUUAUACUUCGUUAACCCCUCCUUCUUCGGUCUGUAUCAUAGAUGAUAUGGAAGAGAUAAACUGUAUCAGACCUCCUGAUGAAUUCAUUGAUUUGGAAAUAAACGUUGUGAAGUUGGCAAAAGAGAGUAAAAGGAAAUUAUAUUUUGAAAGAUUGAAGAAGUAUGAAAAAAUGAUUUUAAAUAGUGAGAAGUUGAAUACGCACUGGAAAUCGACCUCUUUGAACUUAUUGCUACUCAACCUGUUGCAGGAAGAAUUGGAAGUGUCUGUGAACAAAGAUUACUUACAGUUAUUGGCAAUUGAAGCUGCUAAUGAUCAUCCCACAAUUUCUAGAGUUGCAAUUAGAGGAGUAAAUGAACUCGUUCUUAAGAUUCAGUUUUUGGAAUCAAUCGAUUUUGAAAUAAAGAAUGCUUAUGAUCUUAAAUUUUUGUCUCCUACUGAAAUAAUCCUUGAUACGAGACCAUCCAAAAAUGGAUCUUCAUUUUAUGAAAAUUGGGAGACAGAAAUGCAUAAUAUCGAAAAUCCAAAUUAUUUCCUUGACGACAAGUACGCAGCAUCAGGCUGGCUAUUUUGGGGUGCAUCUACAAAAUUUAUUCGUGCAGAUGGAGAUUUUGCUGACAAAAAAAGAUACCCAGUAGUUGUGGAUGCUUUGGAAUCAUUCGGAUCUCGUAUUUCUAGAGACUGGUUUCUUGCAAUAGCUAAAAUGUGGAUCACUGAAAAUGAAGCAACCAAUACUUUCCAAGGAAGUGAUGCGGCUUUCAGUUCAACAUUAUCAACACUCAUUACAUGCGGAUUUGCGAAGAAUAUGACUUAUGGGGAUCUAUUGUCAGUCGUCGAAGAAGUUUAUGAUCCUGAUGAAAAAUCGAGUCAUUUUAUAGUUUGUGAGAUUUUAUGUGGAUUACUUAUAUCAACUCCCAAAAUUUACCUGAACAAGGAAGUUUUAAAGGAGAGAGAUGCGUUCAUUAUAAAUUUUAUUGGGAAUAUCUUUGAGAAGGAUUUAAAUCCUGACAUCAGUGGAGUUUGGAACGUAUUUUCUUGGUUGGUGCCUGGUUCCAUUGAUACAAGAAGAAUUCCUCAAAUCAUUUCUCAUUGUUAUACAAAUUUUCAAAUUGAUCAAAACUCUGAUUCUGCAUUCUAUAUUGCUACAAGAAUUGGAUAUAUAAAGGAUUUAAUCUCCUCUAUUACAUGGAGAUAUACCAAAGCAGAUGAAACCGCCACGAUGUGCGUUAAUAAUAUUGACAAUAGAUAUCAAGCUAUAAGAGAUAAGGUUGGAUCUCUUUUGGCUACAUUAACAUUUGCCUACUAUAAGGAAUCGUUGGCAUCUAGUGAGGAAUUCCUAAAUGAGUGUAACUCAGAUGGAAGCUCACAGUUACUUAAGAUGAACAAGUUCAAUAAGCUACAGGAAUUAAUACCUACCAUUUUCGAAAGAAUUGAGAGGUCUAGACUAGAAGUAGUUCACUUAUCACCUCAAGAAAUUUUGCGAUCUAGCUACAUUUAUUCCGUAUCUACAGUUUUAACGUGGCUCAAAGAUGGGUUGGGUUCUAGGGGUGCCAUAGUCUAUCAAGACUAUGUUGUGAGUCAUUUUGUACCAUUUUUGCUUAAGAUUACAAGCAUGAAGGAUGUCUGUCAAUUGGGAGAUUUGGACCCGGUGACAGUAUUUAAGAGGAUUUCUCAAAUUCCUUUCAAAAUAGAAAAAUUAGACUCAAUCAUUGUAAUGAUUGAGGAUUUCUUCUCCUCUGACACAUUGAACGUAGUUCAAUCAUUUAUCAUGGGAGAAUUCACAGAAACAUUUUAUUUCAAGAAUUUAUAUUUAUUCACGAGUGCACAGAGAAAGCGUAUUAUUACGUUGACCAAUAAUUUGAUUUAUCAUAAGAAUGUUGAGGUUAGAGAGUCUGCAUCUUCUACAUUGUCAGGAUUAAUUCAUAUCUCACCACCCAAAGAGGUUGAAAGUAUAGUUAACAGUCUUGUGAAGAAAUACUCACGGGAUCUUGAUAAGACAAGAAGGAAAUAUAGAAAGAAGGGAUUUAAAGAAAUAACGAACGAUGAUACCAUUACUCUUCAUGCGGCUACUUUAGGUUUAGGAGCAUUGAUCCAUGCUUUCCCAUUCCAAUCUCCCCCACCUGCUUGGGUUCCUGAGCUUCUCACCAUUUUAGCUACAAAGAGUUCAGGAUUGUCUGGGUUGAUUGGUAAAACUGCGAAAGAAAUAUUAGGGAGGUUCAAGAAAGAUAGGCAGGAUACUUGGCAUCUUGACAGUAAAGUAUUCAAUGAAGAUCAGUUACAGGAUCUUGAAGGUGUACUUUGGAAGAGUUAUUUUAUAUAG